UACCAAUAGGAGCGGAAUAGACUCGAUAGAAUAUAUUUUUAUUUUUAUAUGCCGUAGUUGUUUUCCAGUUUCAAUUUUGAGAAUAUCCUACCAGAAGACAAAGAAGCCGAGAGUCUACUAUUGAGGAUGAAGAUGUCGCUCACAGAGCUAGACGACGACAUAGUGCGCAGCAUGGCCAUUGGAGCCGUUUUCUCCGACUUCGGUGGAAAAGUUAAUUCGAUUGAUUUUCAUCGUAAGGAUGAUUUGCUUGUCACAGCCAGUGAAGAUGACUCGGUGCGACUUUAUGACAUUGCAAAUGCAAAGUUGCUUAAGACCACAUAUCAUAAGAAACAUGGAGCAGAUCGUAUAUGCUUUACCCAUCAUCCGAGCUCCGUUAUAUGUUCAUCUAGAUAUAAUUUGGAUUCCACUGGAGAAUCCCUCCGGUAUCUUUCGAUGUAUGACAAUCGGUGCCUUCGAUAUUUUAAAGGACAUAAAGAGAGAAUCGUGUCCCUCUGUAUGUCUCCAAUUAAUGAUAGUUUCAUGUCUGGUUCCAUGGACCACAGUGUUAGAAUAUGGGAUCUUCGUGUAAAUGCCUGCCAGGGAAUUUUACAUCUACGUGGUAGACCUUCAGUAGCAUAUGACCAACAAGGCCUUGUAUUUGCAGUGGCAAUGGAAGGUGGUGCCAUUAAAUUAUUUGAUUCACGUUCCUAUGACAAGGGUCCCUUUGAUACCUUUCUAGUUGGUGGAGACAUGGCUGAGGUUUGUGAUAUUAAAUUUAGCAAUGAUGGUAAAUCAAUGCUCUUGACAACAACAAACAACAACAUCUAUGUUCUUGAUGCAUAUGGAGGAGAAAAGCGCUGUGGAUACAGUCUGGAACCCUCUCCCAAUAUAACUAUAGAGGCAACUUUUACACCAGAUGGUCAAUAUGUGGUAUCAGGCUCUGGAGAUGGAACUUUGCAUGCCUGGAGCAUCAACACGCGAAAUGAGGUGGCAACCUGGACCAGCCAUAUUGGAGUUCCUUCAUGCUUGAAAUGGGCUCCUCGUAGGGCCAUGUUCGUAGCUGCAUCGAGUGUUCUCACAUUUUGGAUACCCAACACAUCAAACGCUGAUUCCAAUCCUACAGACACCGAAGUUGGGGCUCAAUCUGAACAGCCUCAAUGAAACCCCAUUUCUGUAAAGUUAGAAUCAGGCUUUCCGAUCCAUGAAUGAUGAGAGUAAAACAAAACAAAACCGGUGGUACCCUUUGCCUUGGAGAUCAGUUUUGGCUCGACACCUUCCAAGAAUGCAACUUCUUUUAUGCUUCAAAGCUUAUUUUAUAGUUCAUGCCUUGGAAGGCCUUUCGACCACCUCGGAGGUUACCCCAGCAAGUCGGCCAAGUGGUCGUGGAGGUGUCCGAGGUUACCAAGCAAUUCACUCAUGUAUCCUUAUCUGUUUCCACCGUCAACCUCAUAAAUUUUAUUUCCAAUUUGUCUUGUCUCUUUCCAAAUUAUCAGGUUUCGUAUAAUCCCAAUUGUGUGUACUAUCAAAAGCACUGAGAAUAAAGUGGCAAGUUAAUUAUUUUCGAAAAUAAUAGAUUAUAUUUUUGGUUCUCUUUGUUA